AUGGAAGAUGAAAGCCACACCAAUUCGUCAAAUGGGUUCAUCACAGCAAGCCCCGAAAGCCCGUCCUUAAAAUCAUGCAAUAAUAGCAACAGCACCAAUAGCAGCAACAGUAACAACAACAAAGAACAAGAUCGCUUUCUUCCUAUAGCCAAUGUGGGAAGAAUCAUGAAAAAGGCCAUCCCUGGCAAUGGAAAAAUCUCCAAGGAUGCAAAAGAAACAGUUCAAGAGUGUGUGUCUGAGUUCAUCAGCUUCGUCACAGGCGAAGCCUCAGACAAAUGCCAAAGGGAAAAGAGAAAGACUAUCAAUGGAGAAGACAUCAUUUGGGCCAUCACAACCCUAGGAUUUGAGGACUAUGUCGAGCCCUUAAAAUCCUAUCUCCAAAAAUAUAAAGAGAUUGAAGGAGAGAAGCUCAACAUUCCCAAGCAACAACGUCCUGAACAAAAGCUACAUCCUCAGCACCAAGACCAAAAUAACAAUCUACCUUUAAGUAGUAGUGUAUAUUCCUCUCCCACUCUCAUUUCUCAGUCAUCUUAUGUACCCACGGAUCAACUAUUUUCCCUACCAUUCUCCCCAAAUUCGAUUCAGAAACAGUUACAACAGCAAGACCAAAUCGAUUCUGUUGGACAAUGGUAA